UCUGCGCGUUUGCCGCCACCAUUCCGAACUUUCGGGAAAACCUCGGAGGAAGGAGGGGACGAUCAACGCCAUUUUUUUUCUUGAUCCCGGGACAUAAAUCUGGACUCAGCACCGAGCAGAGUUUAAGAGGACAGUUCACGAGGGAGGACCAGGUGGAGGGAAAGCCAUGUCAACUCCGUGGAAAGAAGAAGAUGAUGAGCUUAGAGCAGGAGGAGUAAAAGAACAGAAACCCAAACCACCCAAACCCAGGUUCUCCUUCAAUGAGAUCAGGGUGCUGCUGGACGCUGUGAAGAGGAACAGAUACAUCCUCCUCAGGAAGUUUAACCAGGGUGUGUCAGCAGAAGCCAAGAAACAGACGUGGACUGAGAUCACAAAUCAGGUCAAUGAUUUAGGAGAGAAUCACAGAGAGGUGCGGCAGAUCAUGAAGAAAUGGACCGACCUGAAAUGUGAUGGGAAACGUCGGAUCGUAGCUUCGCGUGGCCCCAAUGGCUGCAAACUGAGGAGGAAGAACCUGGGCCCCGUGGAGAGGAUGGUCCACAAGAUCCUGGUGAUGGGUCCUACAGGAG